AUGCCCAAACACAAACAACUCGACAGAUUGCGGCAGAUCGCGCGUCGUCUUAAAUGCCUCUGGUGCAAGUCUCCUCCAGACGAAUAUCCUGUCUUUCCUCCAACACCCCAAGCACUACUCACUCAACCUAAUCUCUAUCGAGAACGCCUACUUCAACGCGUCCAGAGAACGACUCGAGGCAAGGGAGAAGACACGCCCCUAUUUUCGCUCUACCGACUCUACCUACACUUGACUCUGAAUGACAACGUCGGUCUACGAAACGAACUGGGAUAUUUCUGGUACGCAAAGUGGCCAGUUGCAUCCAUUCCUGAUCCUCGGGAUCCGUCCAAAUCUCGCUACACGGUGCUAUCUGCCAUGCCGGCGUUGUUGGUCGAGUCAUUCAAUGAGCGCAUCAAGUUAGGUCUGCCCCGCAAAGCGGAUAGCAUCGUUACUCGUGAAGAAUUAGAGCAAUACCAGAAGGAAGAAAAAGUCUUUGAGUCUGUACCUGAAUGGACGACCCAGGUGGCACGGCUAGAAGAGACUUUGGUUAUUCCGCAUGAUAAUAACGAGGUCCUCGCGUCGUUCGAGGAUGAACGAGCUAGUGGUCAGCUGGCUGCAAAGAAUAUUCUACAUUGGCAACCACAUAUUCAUUUCAUUUGA